UGCCGCUGGUGACAGACCGGAUUGCUUACUUUGGAAAAGUAGUGCUUGGAAGAAGACCAUAAACUUUUCAUCUCUCUUUAGCCCCACGACGUAAUGUAAUCGAUUGAGAGGUGGCAGAAAUUUUCGGACACGCCAAGAAUCCGUUUAGUCUCGCUUGUGCUUUGAGUGGUUUGGGUGCACGUCGAAACUUCGAGGCCAGCAUAGGUUAGCCUAGCCUCGUUUAGCCGCUAACAAAGAGAACAAACCAGGAUCGACACGUCGCCGAGCAAGCAAACGUCAAGUCCCAAAAUGUCAGGUUUCAGAAAAUAUUUUGGUCUCGAGCGGCAAGAGUCCGAGUCACCUGGCAUUAAAGAGGAAGUUGAGGACCCGCAAAUGAAAAAGGAAGACCCAAGUGACCCUCAACAACAAAAGAGAGAAGAGCAACUUCCGAUCAAAAAGGAGGAGGUAGAGCUACUAUACGUUACAGAGGAUGACGUUAUGGCCAGUCCGACUGGUGAUCCUUUGAAGAGUGAAGAGGGUCAGGGUGAGACCAGCAGAGGAGCGGCGCCUCCAAGCGGCGGCGGCAGCAGCAGCAGCAGCAGCAGCAGCAGCUCAACUGAAGGAUUGCAAGAGGACAGUUUCAUCGCUCCACUAUCAGAUAGCGAAGACGCCAUGUCACACUCGCCUGACAGUGAUGAUGAAGGUCAUAAGCAAGUUUACAGUGACGACAAACGCACAUGCUCUCUGUGUGGGAAAACCUUUGUUAAUAAGUAUACUUGUCGUCGGCACAUGAGGAGCCACACUGAAGAAAAACCUUUUUGCUGCUCAGUUUGCGGCCAAAGAUUUAGUCAGAAGAGAGGCCUAACACAACACGCAAGAACCCACACUGGAGAAAAACCUUUUUCCUGCUCAUUUUGUGGCCAAAGAUUUACUCAGAAGGGAGGGCUAACAAUACACGAAAGAACCCACACUGGAGAAAAACCCUUUUCCUGUUCAGUUUGUGGCCAAAGAUUCUCUUCAAAGGGAGGCCUAACAAUACACACAAGAACCCACACUGGAGAAAAACCUUUUUCCUGCGCAGUUUGUGACAAAAGAUUCAGUUGCAAGAGCCACUUAACAACACACACAAAAACCCACACUGGAGAAAAACCUUUUUCCUGUUCAGUUUGUGGCCAAAGAUUUUCUCAGAAGGGAAACCUAAAACAACACGCAACAACACACACUGGAGAAAAACCUUUUACCUGCUCGGUAUGUGGUCAAGGGUUCACCCUGAAGCAAAACUUUCAAAGACACACACAAACCCACGCUGGAGAAUAACCUAGUUAUGCUCAAUUUGUGGUCAAAGAUUCAGUAGCAAGAGCACCUUGAAAACACAUAAUAACCCUCACUGGUAAAAAAAAUCGUUUUUUGUGGUCAGCGAUUUAAUCAGAAGGAUCGGGUCAAAAGGCACGUGGGUGGGUGUGAGAAGCGAUUGCCUAAGACUGUUUUGCCUGUCAUGUAGUUCAUCAGUUUGUGCAUGCAAGACAAUUGUAUUCUCUGGACCUUCCUCAAAUCCUGUUGAGGAUUUGCAGCUUCGGUGCUAUGCGUGUGCUUUGUGUGAAGUGUAUUCACACUAUUGUCAAAAAAACUGGCUCACCUGAUUUAGGUUAUUAAUUUAGAUGAAGUUAAGUCGCGUGACACUUGACUAGGAUGAUCUGGCAAAUAAAAAUUGUCUCAUUGGUCGAUCCAGAUUCUUUUCACAACUUUGUUUCCUUUUUCCCCCCUUUUUUUUUUAAUUAACUGUUACUGCUAAUCUAGAAGAAUCUGCAAUGAUAGUCUAAGAACCAAUACAAGGCCUCACCAAAUCCGCACCUCGGAACAACUUUUCCUGUCAUGUUUUCUAUGUCUCCCUCCUCCAACACACCUGAAUGACAUUGACAUGCAAUGGGAAGCACCUCCCAAGGUGGUGGAAAAUGAGAGGGCUAAGAUCCUUUGGGACUACCAAAUACAGACUGAUCAGAUGGUCGUGGCCAACCAACCGUACAUCGCAUCACAUUCACGCUAUUUGAUUGGCUGAGGAGUCAAGUGCUCUCGUAAAUGUGUCUGAUCAAACCUGCAAAGUGCUCAUGCUGAUUUUAAAAAUUGUCAAAUGUACAAUAUGUAAAUUUAGUUGUCUCAUUGUAGUCCCUAGAUACCCCCCAAAUCCAUCCAAAACAUGUAUUAAACGACAUAUUAUUAAAUCAAAGUAAAAAAAUAAGAUCGAUGGAUAAAUACUUCUCUUCGGGUAACACUAAUCACACCAUAGUCCUUCUUACAACUGACAUUUAUUAAUUUGUCACCGUCAAACUAUGAACACACUAUUAGAAAAUAAAAUACAAUCAUGACAAAGAGCGUACAAUAAUGCUAUGAAGUAAAUCAAUAGAGCCAUAUUUGCUUACAAAAACAUACCUCAGUGGCAGCACAAUAAUACUGAGGGAACUAAGGUCCCAAUAAUCAGCAAUUCAACAAGGAAAACUGCUGCUAUUGGCACUAGUCCAGCAGUUAAAGUGGACGCUGCUUAAUAAGCUAGCGGGCUAAUAACGAGCUGGGGGGGAUGGGGGUUGGGUUGUCAUCGCCAUGCCCACACUAUUUACUGUUUCGCUGCCUUUUGAAAUGUCAACUGGCGUUCACCCCUGCUUCGUAAUGUGAAAGCAACAGUUGAAAGCAACAGAAAAUAGCACUGACAUGUUCGAGUGCAACAAAAGAAAGUGGACCACCCAUUUACUGUUAUGAAAUACCAGAUAUGCAUAGCAAUAACUGUACAGAUCAACCAUUUAGAUUAAUUAGACCUAAUAAAAAACACAAUUAAAUGACCAAUAAUAUACUGUACCAUCAAUGCUGAGAGGUGGCAAACGAGACACCGUUACCUGACUCCAAAAAAAAAAAAUGAAAUAAAAUGACUUGAGAACAUUCAGCUGACUGGACAAGCAUCGUAAAGUCGAAAUUACGUAAAUUGGGUACGUCGUAACCCGGGGACUACCUGUAUUGUCUUUAAAAAAUGUGUAUCCAUAGUAUCCAUGUAUUUUGACUUCCAUUAUUUGUUCAAUUGUUUGCUCUAGACAAUAAAUUCUAAUAUGCAUUUAAUGUUAUUCCUACAUUGUGACAAUGUUCACAUGAAAUUGUUGUCUACCAGUAAAAUGCACUCUUGCCGUACCCUACCAGGUCU